GUACACAGGCCGGGCGGGCGCGCGGGGUGCGGGCCGCGGGCUGGAGACUCCGCGGGAGCGCGGCCCGGCGGCCUCGCCCGGACCUGGCCCGGCGCCUCCCGAGCGGGCGGGGCUCUCGGCCGAGGGCGGAGCGGGGGCUUCCUCCUCCCGCCAGGGAAAACAGAGAGGAUGAAAGCCUAUCUAAAGAGCGCAGACGGCUUUUUUGUCCUAAAUAAAAGCACUACAAUUGGGAGGCAUGAAGAUUCAGACCUUGUUUUGCAGUCCGCUGACAUCGACAACCACCAUGCGCUCAUUGAAUUUAAUGAGGCCGAGUGCAGCUUUGUUCUCCAGGACUUCAAUUCCCGCAACGGCACGUUUGUCAACGAAUGCCACAUUCAGAAUGUGGCCGUGAAGCUUAUACCUGGAGACAUCCUGAGGUUUGGCUCUGCAGGGCUGACCUAUGAACUGGUCAUCGAAAACCCGCCCCAGGUCUCCUUCCCGUGGAUGAGGGGCCCAGCACCAUGGCCAAGGCCACAGCCACCUCGGGCCACACAGCAGCCGAGCAAGACCCCCUCGCCACCGUAUAUUCCCUUCCACCAGGGCAUCCGGCCAGUGCCCGUGCAAAGGAGCUGGUCCCAGGGCCUCCCCAGGCCCACCAUGGGCUCGCCUGCCUCCCACGGGCGGCCUGUGAGCACCGGCGGGAAGAUGUUCUCCUUCGUGGUGGACAACGCCUGCACGUCCCCCAUCAAGCAAGUGUGGACCAAUGUGGUGGAAUUGCCGGACCAGUCAGUGGCCGAGGGAAUUCCAGUAACUCCCACGGAAAUUUAUGUGGACCAGGACCUGGCCCAGCAGGACAAGGAUGAAAUAAUUCUGCUGCUGGGGAAAGAGGUGAGCCGCCUCUCCGAUUUUGAGAUUGAAUCCAAGUACAAAGACGCCGUGAUAAUGAAGCUGCAGAACGAGGUGGCCCAGCUGAGCCAGCAGCUGUUGGAGACCGCCACCUCCAGGCAGAACGAGCGGGAGAUAUCGCAGAAGUUUCAGGUCCUGGAUGAAGACAUUGGUGCCAAACAGAAAGAGAUCAAGAGCUUGAAAAGCCAGAUCAGUGCCCUACAGAAAGGCUACAGCCAGGUGCUGUGCCACACCCUGUCCGAGCGGAACUCAGAAAUCACAUCCCUGAAGACGGAGGGCGAGAGCUUAAAGAGGGACAACGCCAUCUCUUCAGGCAUGGUGUCAUCUUUACAAAAAGACAUGCUAGCAAGGAACGAGCAAGUUCAACAACUAAAAGAGGAGGUGAACCAACUAAAAAGUCAGAACAAAGAAAAGGAUCACCAGCUGGAAGCCCUCGGCACUACGUGCUCAGCGCUGAAGGAGGAGCUGAGAAAAGAGGAAGUACACAAGGAACGCAGGGACACCGAAGAGAAAGAGUUGAAACUCUGCAAAACUCAAAUGCAAGACAUGGAGAAAGAAAUGCAAAGGCUUCGGGAGGAGCUGAGGAAGAGCUGUAGUGAGCAAAGCAUGAUCUCCAAGACUCUGCGAGAAAAGAGCAAGGUUGAAGAGAAGCUUCAGGAGGAUUCCAGAAGGAAAUUGCUUCAGCUGCAAGAAAUGGGACACAGAGAGAGCCUUAUUAAAGGCAAUUUGGAAAGGGCAGUAGGUCAGCUGGAGCACUUCAGAAGCCAGGUCAUCAAGGCCACCUACGGACGGGCGAAGCUGUUCCAGGACAAGCCCAUCUCCGACCAACAGUUAAUAGAGAAAAUUGCCCAGGUCACUGAGGACAACAUCAACUUUCAGCAGAAAAAGUGGACGCUGCAGAAGGAGACCCAGCUCAGCAACUGCAAGCAGGAGCAGACCACCGAGGACAUUAAGAAGCUGCAGAUGUCUCUAGACAGCUGCCAGGCCUGCAUGAAGCUGUCCUGCCGCGGCAGCAGCCUGCGGAAGGAGGUGGACCUUCUUCAGAAGCUCCAGCUGAGCCCGCCUGUCUCGGGGCUCCAGAAGGUGUCGCUGGACGUGCUGAGCCUCCCGCUGUCCUGGCUGGAGGAGACGGAGCACCUCCUCCGGGACCUCGGCAUCCCGCUACCCGGCUCUGACAAAGGAUUCUCUUUGUAUCUGACAUGUCUUCUGGAACACUAUAAAAAAAUUACGAGCCAGAUCCAGGAACUUCAGAUCAAGUUCAGCUGUUCUCAGGAAACUCAGCAGUCUUUGCUGCAAGAAAAGCUGCGGGAGCACCUGGCAGAGAAGGAGACGCUGAACACGGAGAGGCAAGAGCAAGAGGAGAAACUGAAAGCCAGAGUCAGGCGGCUGAUGGAAGAGAAGGAGGCCUUGGAGGAAAGCGUCAUUCAAGAGAGAAACAGAGCAAAGGAAGCGUUACAGAAAGAGCAGACGAGAGCCCAAGAGCUGGAGAACCGCUUAGCCCGCCAGAAGGAGGCCUUGGAGGAGAGCAUCACACAAGAGAAAAACAGAGUGAAGAAGGCGUUACAGGAAGAGCAGACGAGAACCCAGGAGCUGGAGAACCGCUUAGCCCGCCAGAAGGAGGUUUGGGAGACCAGCAUGGCCCACGAGAAAAGAAAAGCGAAGGAAGCCAUAGAGUCGGAAAAGAGAAAAGUCCAAGAUCUGGAGAACCACUUAACCCAACAGAAGGAGAUCUCAGAGAGCAGCAUCGCCUACGAGAAACACAAAGCCAAGGAGGCCAUAGAGAAGGAAAAGAAGAAGGUGCAAGACCUGGAGAAUCACCUGACCAAGCAGAGGGAGGAAAUAGAAUUAAAAGGGCAAAAAGAAGAGGUUUUGAAUAAUAAAUUAAGUGACGCGCUGGCCGUGGUGGAAGAGGCCCGGAAGACGCAGACGGCCGACAGCCUGCGGGCGGAGAGCCUGGCCGUGCAGCUGCACGAAACGCUGGCGGAGCUGGAGACCACCAAGACGAAGAUGAUCCUGAUGGAGGAGCGGAUGCUGCUACACCAGCAGAUGGUAAAGGCGCUGCAGGAUGAGCGAGAAUCACAGAAACACGAAUUUGAGGAAGAAAUCUCAGAAUACAAGGAGCAAGUCAAACAGCACUCCCAGACGAUUGUGAGUCUGGAGGAAAGACUCCAGAAAGUGACAGAGCACCAUAAAAAAAUCGAAGGAGAGAUCGCAACUUUGAAGGACAACGAGCCAGCUCAAAAGGAGGAAGUGCCACAAGACUCUCUAUCCGAGAGCGGUGCCAAAGAGGCAGUGUGCGAACACCUGAUAGACGACCUGCUGACUGCCCAGAAGGAAAUCCUGUCUCAGCAGGAGAUCAUCAUGAGGUUAAGGAAAGACCUUACCGAAGCCCACGGCCGCAUGUCGGAUUUGAGAGGGGAGCUCAACGAGAAGCAGAAGGUGGAACUGGAACGGAAUGUGGCACUGGUCCAGCAGCAGAGCCGGGAGCUGAGUGCGCUCAAGGAGAAGAUGGCCCAGCUGGGCUGCCUGGUGGAGAAGAAGGACCGGGAGCUGAAGAUGCUCAAGGAGGCGCUCAGGGCUUCCCAGGAGAAACACAGACUCCAGCUGAACACGGAGAAGGAGCAGAUGCCCAGGAAGAAGGCCCAGACCUGUGACAUCUCUGUGCAGAUAGAACCAAGCCACACCGAGGUCUCCUCCAGCAGCCAAGACGAGCAAUCCUUCAGUGACCUAGGAGCCAAGUGCAAAGGGUCUCGACAUGAGGAGGUCAUUCAGCGUCAGAAAAAGGCCUUGUCUGAACUUCGAGCACGAAUUAAAGAACUCGAGAAGGCCGGCUCGGCAAAUCGUAAGGACCACCUGAAUGAAUCAAUUCUAGAAUUAAAGACUCUCAGGAUGGAAAAAAAUGUCCAGAAAGUACUAUUGGAUACAAAACCUGAUUUUCCAGCUCUCUCAAGAAUAGAGAUCCCAGCGCCUCAGAGUGGCCUUUACAACCCAGGGUCCAGCUCAGCGAUGGAGAAGUCAGGGAGAACGGACGCUUGUGAGGCUUUAGACCUCAGUGAAAAGCUGUACUUGGACAUGAGCAAAACGCUGGGGAGUCUGAUGAACAUCAAGGACAUGUCGGGUCACAUGUCCAUGAAGUGCCUCUCCCCCAGAGAGAGGGAGAGAGUCAGCCAGCUUCGACAAAGGGACCUCGAUCUGGUGUUUGAUAAGAUCACCCAACUCAAGAGCCUGCUGGAGAGGAAAGAGGAGCUGUUGCGAGGAUACGAGAAGGACAUCGAACAGCUCAGGCAGAGCAAAGUGUCCAUCCAGAUGUACCAGGCACAGGUGGCCAAGCUGGAGGACGACAUCUACAAAGAGGCGGAGGAGAAGGCCCUGCUGAAGGAGGCCCUGGAGCGCACGGAGCAGCAGCUGUACCAGGAGAAGAGGGUCAACAGGAUGGUCAGGCAGCAGAAGGAACACGUAGAGGAGCUCGAACAGAGAAAUGCAAAAGAACCAACACCUUGCAACUGUUCCUUCAAAGAGAAGGAGAGGCAGAGACGAGUGUUUGUAGAGAUGGUGAAGAAAAAGAUGCAGAACUCAAAUUCCCAGGUUGGAGUCAAGAAAGCCAUCGUAAAGAUGGACCAGGAAAGAGAGAUGCUGAAGAAAGAUGCCUCCAACAGAUCCAGCGAGAGCCUUUUGCUUUUGAAGCCUGGAGGAAGGAACUAGAGAAGCGUCUGUCGUCCCACCGGCCUUACGUGAUCCUCUGCAAGUCCAUCUGACUCUUCUGUCUUCUGUGUCAAAAUACUAAGAUGCUUUUGUAGGACUUUAAAGAUUGUUACCCUA